CCCACCGACGCCAUCGCCCAUCUCGCAUCUUAUCAAUGCUUAGAUGGUCUCUCCGUCAAGGAUCUCAUGGACUCCCGCGUCCAUGGCGGGCUCACUUAUAACGACUUCCUCAUGCUUCCCGGAAAGAUCGAUUUCCUUGCUUCUGAUGUGAUCACGGAUACUAGAACCACUCGUAAUGUCGUUCUAAGAACCCCGUUCACGAGUAGUCCUAUGGACACCGUCACUGAGACCGAAAUGGCCAUCAGUCUCGCGCUGCCGGGUGGUAUUGGUGUCAUUCAUCACAACCAGUCCCCCGAAUCUCAAGCAGCCAUGAUCCGAGCCGUGAAAAGACACAAGAAUGGAUUCAUCACGGAUCCU